GAGUAAAGCCGGCUCCAAACUUCUCAGCUGUUGACAGGCUCGACUUGCUGAGAACACUGGUUAAAUAUAGCACGCGCAAGCCAGCUCCUCAACAAAGUCAUUGCUCUGACGGUGUUGUGAAGGGAGCAGAAGACGAGAAACCUAAUCUCAGAACCCAACAACACCUAGCAACAGUUGAAAAAACUUUUAAACAAAAGUCUGGGUGGGAGAUAUACAACAGCCUCCAAUUUCUGCUGAUCGGGAUUUCAGGGAGAAGAAGCUGCUUUCCCCUUCUCUCAGUUUCCUGCAUGACUUCAGCUAUUGGCUAGUCCUGGGAGAGAAAGUGGGAAAAGCUUUUUCCUCUGUAUUCUUUUGGGCUGGAUAGUUUUCCAGGACUCCAGUCUCUCUUGGGCUGUGGGACAAGCCACUGAUUCUUCAAAGGAUAAACUACCUCCAUACAGGACAUACCCUUGGUUAAACGAGCUGCCAUCAGGUGGGAAUGAGAUCCAGAAACCAGGGUGGUGAAAGUUCAUCCAACGGGCAUCUCUCCUGCCCCAAAUCCUCCAUCAUCAGCAAUGUUGAUGAUAAAAGUCUCUCAGAAGAUGCAAAAAAGAAGAACAAGUCAAAUAGAAAGGAGGAUGAUGUCAUGGCCUCAGGAACUAUCAAACGACACCUAAAACCAUCUGGAGAAAGUGGAAAAAAGAAUAAGAAAUCCUUGGAGUUAUCCAAAGAAGACCUCAUCCAGCUACUCAGUAUAAUGGAAGGAGAGUUGCAGGCCAGGGAAGAUGUGAUCCACAUGCUGAAGACAGAGAAAACCAAGCCUGAGGUUCUGGAGGCUCAUUACGGGUCUGCGGAGCCAGAGAAAGUGCUGCGGGUCCUGCACCGAGACGCCAUCCUAGCCCAGGAGAAAUCCAUAGGAGAAGAUGUCUAUGAGAAACCAAUUUCAGAGCUGGACAGACUUGAGGAGAAACAGAGAGAAACCUACAGGCGCAUGUUAGAGCAACUCUUGCUGGCAGAGAAGUGUCACAGGCGCACAGUGGACGAGUUAGAAAACGAGAAGCACAAGCACACUGACUACAUGAACAAGAGCGACGACUUCACCAACCUGCUGGAGCAGGAGCGGGAAAGGUUGAAAAAGCUCCUUGAACAAGAAAAGGCUUACCAAGCCCGCAAAGAAAAAGAAAAUGCUAAGAGGCUCAAUAAACUAAGAGAUGAGCUUGUGAAACUUAAGUCCUUUGCACUCAUGCUGGUGGAUGAAAGACAAAUGCAUAUUGAGCAACUUGGCCUGCAAAGUCAGAAAGUGCAGGAUCUUACUCAGAAACUGAGGGAAGAAGAAGAAAAGCUCAAAGCCAUUACUUCCAAAUCCAAAGAAGACAGGCAGAAAUUGCUCAAGUUAGAAGUGGAUUUUGAAAACAAGGCUUCGAGGUUUUCCCAAGAGCAUGAAGAGAUGAAUGCCAAGUUGGCUAAUCAAGAAUCUCACAACAGACAACUGAGACUCAAGCUGGUUGGCUUAACUCAAAGAAUCGAGGAGCUAGAAGAGACCAACAAAAAUCUGCAAAAGGCAGAAGAAGAACUUCAGGAAUUAAGAGAUAAAAUUGCAAAAGGGGAAUGUGGCAACUCCAGCCUCAUGGCAGAAGUGGAAAAUCUCCGGAAGCGCGUGCUUGAAAUGGAGGGUAAAGAUGAGGAGAUCACUAAAACUGAAUCCCAGUGCAGGGAAUUGAGGAAGAAGUUGCAAGAGGAAGAACAUCAUAGUAGGGAACUCAAACUUGAAGUUGAGAAGUUACAGAAGAGAAUGUCCGAACUGGAGAAAUUGGAAGAAGCAUUUAGCAAGAGUAAAUCUGAAUGCACCCAGCUACACCUAAAUCUGGAGAAAGAAAAGAACUUAACCAAAGACUUGCUAAAUGAACUGGAGGUGGUCAAGCGUCGAGUUAAAGAACUGGAAUGUUCUGAAAGUAGAUUGGAAAAGGUUGAAUUAAGCCUAAAAGAUGAUCUUACAAAGUUGAAGUCAUUUACUGUGAUGCUGGUUGAUGAAAGGAAAAAUAUGAUGGAAAAAAUAAAGCAAGAAGAGAGAAAAGUUGAUGGACUCAAUAAAAAUUUUAAGGUGGAGCAAGGAAAGGUUAUGGAUGUAACUGAAAAACUAAUUGAAGAAAGUAAGAAGCUCUUAAAACUGAAGUCUGAAAUGGAGGAAAAAGUAUACAGUUUAACAAAAGAGAGAGAUGAGUUAAUAGGCAAACUGAAAAGUGAAGAAGAAAAGUCAUCUGAAUUAAGCUGCAGUGUUGACUUAUUAAAGAAGAGACUUGAUGGGAUAGAGGAAGUGGAAAGAGAAAUAACCAGAGGAAGGUCUCGAAAAGGACCUGAGCUCUCCUGCCCAGAAGAUAACAAGAUUAAGGAACUUACACUUGAAAUUGAGAGACUGAAGAAACGUCUCCAACAACUGGAGGUGGUCGAAGGGGAUUUGAUGAAGACGGAGGAUGAGUAUGAUCAGCUGGAGCAGAAAUUUAGAACUGAGCAGGAUAAGGCUAAUUUCCUCUCUCAGCAACUGGAGGAGAUAAAACACCAAAUUGCCAAGAAUAAAGCCAUAGAGAAAGGUGAGGCUGUGAGCCAGGAAGCUGAGCUGAGACACAGAUUUCGGUUGGAAGAGGCUAAAAGUCGAGACUUAAAAGCUGAAGUACAAGCUCUUAAGGAGAAGAUUCAUGAAUUAAUGAACAAAGAAGAUCAGCUUUCUCAGCUCCAAGUGGAUUAUUCUGUCCUUCAACAAAGAUUUAUGGAAGAAGAAAAUAAGAACAAAAACAUGGGACAAGAGGUCCUCAAUCUGACCAAAGAGUUGGAGCUUUCUAAGCGUUACAGCCGGGCUCUGAGACCCAGUAUGAAUGGAAGAAGAAUGGUAGAUAUUCCUGUGACCUCCACGGGAGUCCAGACUGAUGCUGUCAGCAGUGACGCGACAGAGGAGGAAACACCCGCAGUAUUUAUACGGAAAUCCUUCCAAGAAGAAAAUCAUAUCAUGAGUAAUCUUCGACAGGUGGGGUUGAAAAAACCUAUGGAACGGUCCUCUGUCCUAGAUAGGUAUCCUCCAGCAGCCAAUGAGCUCACUAUGCGAAAGUCUUGGAUUCCAUGGAUGAGAAAAAGGGAAAAUGGUCCUUCAAUCAUUCAAGAGAAAGGGCCACGAACAAGUUCCAGUCCUGGGCACCCAGGAGAGCUGGUUCUUUCACCAAAGCAGGGCCAGCCCCUGCAUAUCCGAGUGACACCAGAUCAUGAGAACAGCACUGCGACUUUGGAGAUAACAAGCCCGACAUCUGAAGAAUUUUUCUCUAGUACCACUGUCAUUCCUACAUUAGGGAAUCAGAAACCAAGGAUAACCAUCAUCCCAUCACCAAAUGUGAUGUCUCAAAAAACAAAAAGUGGAGAGAGUACUCUCGGUACAGAACGAGCCAUGUCCCCAGUCACAAUUACCACGUAUUCCAGAGAGAAAACUCCAGACAGCGGAAGAGGUGCAUUUGCGGACCGGCCCACAUCCCCCAUUCAGAUAAUGACAGUGUCCACAUCGGCUGCCCCAGCUGAGAUUGCAGUCUCUCCUGACUCCCAGGAAAUGCCCAUGGGAAGGACUGUUCUCAAAGUUACCCCAGAAAAACAGACUGUUCCCACUCCUGUACGGAAAUACAACUCCAAUGCCAAUAUCAUAACCACAGAAGACAAUAAAAUUCACAUUCAUUUAGGUUCUCAGUUUAAACGAUCCCCUGGGACUUCAGCAGAAGGAGCAAAUCCAGUUAUUACUGUCCGACCUGUCAAUGUGACAGCUGAAAAGGAGGUUUCCACUGGCACUGUCCUUCGCUCUCCCAGGAACCAUCUCUCCUCACGACCUGGUGCAAACAAAGUGACAAGCACUAUCACCAUAACACCAGUCACAACCUCAUCUACUCGAGGAACCCAGUCAGUGUUAGGACAAGACGGGUCAUCCCAGCGGCCUACACCCACCCGCAUUCCUAUGUCAAAAGGUAUGAAAGCAGGAAAGCCAGUAGUGGCAGCCCCAGGAGCAGGAAAUCUGACCAAAUUCGAGCCUCGAGCUGAGACUCAGUCUAUGAAAAUAGAGCUGAAGAAGUCCGCAGCCGGCAGCGCUACCUCUCUUGGAGGGGGGAAGGGCUGAGGGCAGUGGCUGAGGGGAAAGCAUCAUCAUUCACCAGUUGCGUAUGAACUCCAGAUGAAAUGGUAAACCAAGCACAUUUUGGGUGUGUGUACUUCCUCUGAAUCCCUGUUGAAUGGAUAGUAUUUCUACAGCUCUCCAUCAUCACUAAGGUCUUCCGUGCUACUGAUCACUACUGAAAAUAACUUUCUACUUCCAGUGAAUUUUUUGAGGCUAUAAUGUAAAAGCUGAAAACAGCAUAGCUGAUAACACAAAAAUAGGUUGCAAGAGCGACUGAAUCUUUGUGUCAAAUUUCCUUUUGAAAAGCUUUCAGGUCCAUGGGCACAUGUUAUGUAAUUUAUUUUUAUAAUACACUUUGUAAUGUGAUUUUUCCCUAAAGUAUUUCCUUUUUCAUAGUCUAUGGCACAUAUAUCUGUAGAAUAUACUGUCAGUUCUUCAAAGCAUGGGCAUUGGUGCAUUAAUAACAGUAAUCUAUAAUUACUUUUUUUAUCAACUUGUUAUUUCUGAAAAAAAGAAAGUACAGCACUCCAUAUACUUCCUGGAGUAAAUUCAAGAGUUAAAACAGAAGCAGGAGCUUCUGGAAGAGUUUUUAGUAUUGCCUGUACAAUGCUGUAGUUCUGAUCUUGGUUCAACUCUAACAAAUAACGCUAUGGUUCAAAGUUUAACUUUAAAUACUUAAAGCCAGUUUCUAAAGUUGCUCUUUCUAGUGUUCUUUGCCAAAACCUUUGAAUGAGUUGAUUUUAACAUGGAAUAAAUUAAUAAAAGGAGAUGUAUGAGUUUAACAUGUGAGGAUUAUAGGAACACCUUCAACUGACAGUUCGAUUGCAUUUGUUUGCAUUAUUUACUUGUAUGUGUAGGACUCACAGUAAGGAUAUCAAGAUAUUUCUCACAAUCUACCUAAGUGAAAGCCUGAAAAUAAAAAAAAUGACCAAGACAGUAUCACUAUUUUUUUAAAAAAAUGGUAAUAGAAAUUCAAAGAUAGAUAACUUUUUAUCUUGUAGAUUGGAUUUGGUCAGAUUUUCAGGAUCACAUACAGGUUGGAGAAUAUAUUCUUUAAAGAUUAAAAGCACAUGAAUUAUUCAAAUUUCAAUGUCAGAGCUGCUGUUGAUUUUAGAUUUACGUAAAAAUGUGCACCUAAAUCUGUUUGGAACCCUUAAUAUGGGUUUUAUUUUUUUUAAAGACUUUGUUAAUGUGGACAGGGUUUCAAUAAAGUCUUUAAAAGAUAACUUUAAAGAUAAAGAUUUGGUAUAUCAGUUUCUGAAGGCAGAAAUCGUCUAUUAUGUAACUUUACUGAGAUUAAGGAAACUAUGCUUCUGGGUGUCAUAAGGGUAACUAUGGUAAAAACCACACAAAUAGUCCUGGCUUGUGUGGCUCAGUGGAUUGAGAAUCAGCCUGCAAACGAAAGGGUUGGUCACUGGUUCGAUCUCCAGUCAGGGCACCUGCCUGGAUUGUGGGCCAGGUCCCCAGUUGGGGGUAUGCGAGAAGCAACCACACAUUGAUGUUUCUCUCCCUUUCUUUCUCCCUCCCUUCCCCUCUGUCUAAAAAUAAAUAAAUAAAAUCUUGAACAAAACAAAACAAAAACACACAAAUAACAGUGGCCCAGUUCUCUAUUUCACAGGUUGUACCCAGGUUUAUAUGCCCAAAGAUGGUAGUCCACACUGAGUCUCUGGAAUAGAACAAUUAAUGUUAGAUUUCCUUCCCUAUGUGACUUUGUAAAGUUUGAUGGUAUACCUUGAGGAAUUAGCAAAUCAUAUUUAGUAGGUAUUUUAAAUUAAAUCUAUUUUUAUGUGAAAUUAGUUUUGAUUUUUGUAAGUACAAGAAAUGCUACAGUAGGCUUGUCCUAGCUUGAAUGAUUGUGUAUGCAUCACAUAACCUUCAGGGCUUUUGAUUACUGAUUAAGAAAACUAGAGUGUGUUUGUGUGAAGAUUUAAAAAAUUGUUGUUUUGGAUUUUGUUUUCUGCAAAUGUUUCUAAACUGCAAUGACAUUUUCAAUUAAGAAAGGAUUUUAUUUAGUAUUGGUAAAUUUUUUUCACUCACAAUUAAGCUCCCUUUUGCCAACGUUUAUAUGUGGGAUGGCAAAAAUAUUCUAAUGCAUUACAUAUUAGCAUUUGAAGCAAACAACUUUUUCUCAACUUGUGGAAAUUUUAUUACACUAAUUGUGAAAAUGCUAGAAAAUAAGACUUUAAAUACCUCUUGACUUUAAAAUAUUACAAGUAAUUUAUGUAUGUUUUGGUCUGUGGUUUUAUUUCUCUUGAGUUUAUAAUGAAAUCUGUUACUUGCAGUGCAGAGUGAGUAUGAUGGUAUAGUCAGAGUCACCUAGGUGGACACUGAGCAUUUUCCUGCUCAUGCUAUGCAUAAGUCUCCUGUUUAAACCCAAAUGGAAUCAGAGUGACAGAUGGCUAAAAUUAAUUGAAAAAUUGGAAAGUUUGUUUUGAAAUAAAACAGAAUAUUAGAAAUUAACAACACAGUCAUAUGCUUAUCUAAUGAAUAAACAAGCAAGUUCAUAAAUAGUCAUAUCCUAAUAUCCACAUCCAAUUGAAAGAAACUGCCCCCACAUGCAAGCCUGGCACCAUCCUAGGCUCAUAUAAUUUCUAUACCUUUUACUGUAAGUAAAUCUCCAAUCAUCAAUAUGAAUGAUAAUCAGCUUUGAAUGGAAUAAUUAUGUUUUGUGAAGCAUAAUCAUAAUUAGUGUUUUCAGUUUAAGGCACAACACAUGAAUCCAUUAUUUACCCUUUUCUUUUUGAUAAGUUUGUUUUUUGAGGUAUCUUCUACAAAGAUUUUUUUCAAGUAUUUAAUAAAAUAUUAGGAUGUAAUAAAAAUAGCGGAUAAAUAUUCCAGAUGUUAGGUGCCUGGAAUAGUCACAAAAUGUGAAGAAUAAUUGUAUCUUAGUACAAUCAAAAGAAUUUCAUGGUGUGGAGUAUCUAGCUUAAGCAUUAAGAGAGACACCAACUAUGUUGAGAUAAUUCACAACUCCUAAAAAUCAGUGGCAGAGCAAGAGUAAAUGCUGUGUCAGACAAUGUAGUAUGUUGUGUCUUUUCUCUUUAUGCUGUGGUUAAAAUUUCCUGGAAAUAAAUAAAAAAUAGAGCAAAGGUAGGGUGUGUUUAUGAAUUUGGUGAGCACCAAUUCUAAAAAUAACAAAAAUGCAGAAGGAAAGUUUAAAAAAACAACAGCUGGCACCUGAGGCAUAUAUCCUCCUCUGGACCGCCAGUGCUGUGCCUCUGCUGAAAAUACUAAGUAGAAGGCAAAGAGGAAAAACAAUAAAAAUUGUAAUAAAUUCAUAAAAAUUGGGAAAGUUUCAUGGAACUAACAUUGCUUAGUGACCACUAAUAUUUUAUUUUCUUAAACUUUCAGCAUUUCCUCCAUAACUAUCCAAUGACAACCAUGUUUGUUGCAUAGGGAAAAUGCUGUAGAUUCAUACAUUUGAACAGAAAUGUGUAUAGAUGUCAUUACAUGAUACAUUUACUUUUUGGUGUUUUUUUUUGGUUUAUGUUAUUUGGUUAGCUUUACCUUACCAUUCACAGAUUUUGUUCACAGUACAGACAUGUAUUUAUAUAAUCUAGAUUUAAAAAUAGAUUUAAUCAAGAUUUAAAAAUAUCAGAUGUCAGCUUCUCCAGUAUAAGAAGAUUACAAUGUGAUCAGAUAUUCUUGAAGUCUUGCAGGUUUAAUGGAUUUUUGGAAGCAAAUGAGUACACUGAAAAGUUGUGGAGUUACAUUCUACUUUCACAGCAUUCUCAAUUUUCUCUACUUUAAGUUUUAUUAGGUACAUGAGAAAUUUAUUUUUCACUAUAGCCAAGUGAAUUUAUGAAUAUGUACUUGUCUUUUAUAUGAAUGUGAUAUCCUGCUUUCAGUUCAUCACAGGUUAUUGAAAUUAUUUAACCAAUUAAGACAUUCUUUAUGUUAUUUCCAAAGUCACCUUUGUUUAUCAAAAUCUCACUGGAGUGAGAAAAAUAACAAUUGUGAUAUAAAAGCACUGUGCAAUAUUCUUUUUUGAGUUAGAACAUAAUAUGCAUAAAAUUAAAAUAUUUUAAAGUGA